AUGAAGAUCUACUGUCAAGUGAAUAAUGCAGCCGACGCUCAAGCCCUCCAACAGGAUCUGAACAUCUUCGCGGACUGGUGUGAAACAAAUCGAAUGGUCGUCAACCCCACCAAGUGCUCUGUCAUCACCUUCUCCAAGAAACGCAACCCAAUCAAGUUUGACUACCAGAUCUGCGGCACAUUAAUUCCCCGGGAGAACUGUGUCAAGGACCUCGGCGUGCUUCUUGACACGGAACUCACAUACAAGCAGCACAUAUCAUACAUGAUUUCCAAAGCCUCGCGACAGCUCGGCUUCAUCUUCCGUGCAGCAAAAGGUUUUACAGAUGUCUACUGUUUGAAGGCUCUGUACUGCGCUUUGGUCCGUUCAACGCUGGAGUAUUGUUCUGCCGUAUGGAGCCCCUACUACGAAAACAGUGCGGUGCGGAUUGAGAGUGUGCAGCGAAGAUUUAUCCGACUUUUCGUGGUUGGAGAUUUUAACGUGAACAUCGCCGCGAGCCAGCCGUCAACAAACUUAGCCGCACUACGCCGGAUCAACUCGGCGUUUAAUUUGACGGUGCUGCCCACCGGACCCACUCGGAUUACAGAGCAAAGUGCGACUACUAUCGACCUGUUGAUCACGGAUUCGCCAGAAAUCAUCAUCAAGUCCCAAGCUUGUACAGGAAACACCGUUUCGGACCACGAAAUUGUCUACCUGCUGGCCAACGUGAGAGUCCUCAAAUCUCCUCCAGUUACCCUGCGAGUCAGAAACUUCAAAGCCAUUGAUCAAGCGCGCCUGCACGUGGACUUCCAGGCAUUGGACCACCGCCCAUUCAUCGAGGCCGACGAAGCGACGACGAAGGCUGAGCUGCUCACGAUCAACUUGAGAGAUUUGAUGAAUCAACACGCCCCUGAACGAACCAUUGUAGUACGAGACAAGCGAACCCCUUGGAUCACACAUGCCAUCAAAGAAGCCGUUGCCGAAAGGGAUUUGGCCUACGCGCUUUACUCGAGGAACCCGAACAGAGCGAGGGGAGAUGAUCAGUGGUUGAACUAUGAACGCAAGCGGGACAGAGCCAAGUCUCUCGUUUACGUGGCAAAGAAACGCUAUGCAGAGCAGCACUUUGACCACAACCUGCCAGCAAAGAAAUUGUGGAGUAACUUGAGAAGAGAGGGAAUCCACAACAACGCCAAGAAGAACGACCCUGCUGGUGAUGUCGACGCUGAUGAAUUGAACGCCUUCUUCUCUAGUGGCCACCGCCAGCUGCAAGCUGUUGAUCGUAGCGACAACUCCUCUGAACCGUGUCAUCGAACUACCGCUGACCACGGAGACAAUGGUUUUGCUUUUAGGCACACCGAUGUAAACGAGAUCUCACGGAAGAUCCUCGAGGUCCAGACCAACGCUACGGGCACAGACGACAUUCCGAUCUCCUUCGUUAAGUUGCUGUGCCCAUUUGUACUACCAAUGCUUGCCCACCUGUUCAACCAUAUCAUCGACACAAGUUCAUUUCCAGCGGCCUGGAAGAAGGCGAUCGUCACACCGAUACCGAAAAGCUCCAGCCCAAUUCAGCCGAAGGACUUCCGACCCAUCAGUGUCCUGCCAGCAGUGUCGAAAGUUCUUGAAAAAGUUCUUCUUGGCCAGAUUUCCGAGCACCUGAACGCUGCAGAACCACCGCUCCUAGCUCAAAACCAAUCGGGAUACCGGAAGGGUUACAGCACCACCACGGCCCUCACAAAAGUUGUGCACGAUGUGUACAGCAACCUAGACGAAAACCGCUGCACAGUGAUGGUCCUUGUUGACUUUUCGCUGGCGUUUAAUUGCGUGAACCACCAGAUUCUGCGGAAGAAGCUCAACACCGAGUUCAAGUUCACCAGGUCUGCUUGUGACCUCAUCACAUCUUUCCUCAGUGGACGGUCCCAGAUCGUUCGCUUUGGGAAUUCAAUGUCAGCAGCGUUGGACGUACCGGACGGAACGCCACAAGGAUCUUGCCUCAGUGCGUUACUGUUCAGCCUGUACAUAAACAGUUUGCCAAGGAACCUGAAGUGCGAGUGGCAGCUGUACGCCGACGAUCUGCAGGUUUAUCUCUCUGGCCCCAUCGCUGAGGUAGACCGAAUCGUGCGCGACGUCAACGAGGAUCUGGCGGCGAUCGCCGAUUGGGCCAGAGUCAACCAGCUUUUUCCGAACCCCAAAAAGACCCAGGCCAUCGUGUUCAACAAAACCGGAACUGUAACACCCCAGGAGAACAUCGUCUUCUGCGACUCGAUCAUCCCACUUAGCAGCCAAGUGAUUAACCUUGGGCUGCACAUGGACUGCAAUCUGACCUGGAAGGCACAAGUUAACGACGUCGUCAGGAAAGUUUAUCACACGUUGAGAACCUUCCGAAGGUUCGGAUCUGUGCUCUCCCUGGAGACACGACGUAAACUUGUACAAGCUGUUAUUGUCCCAUUCUUCACCUAUUGCGACACCGUUUACUUUCCCGGAUUGUCCGCCGCCCUACGCGAACAGCUGCACCGUGGCUUCAAGUCGGCACUGCGGUUUGUGCACAACCUCCGACGGCGGGACACAACAGUUGCACUGCGUAAUUCAAUCAUGGGACACGAUCUACCAGACAAUUACCAACUUCGAGUAUGCUGCUUCAUGAAAAAGGCGUUCGAGGGCACCCUGCCUGACUACAUUAUGCAGCAUCUCCAGCGUGGACGGCAAGAGCGCACCGCCGGUUUCAUCAUCCCACGCCACACGACAUCCAGCGGCAAGAGCGUCCUGGUGCAAGGGGCAUCUUGCUGGAACAGCCUACCAAUGGCAAUCAAACGAGAAGCUCGUUUCAACCCAUUUAAGCGAGCAGUCAUCACACACAUGCAGAACUAG